AUGGCGAAAGCGUUUCCCGCUUUUAACCGCCAGCCCUCGCCCCACUACCGCUACUAUUCACGUCACUUGCGUUUCCAUUUUUCCCGCUCUCUUUUUGACCGCCAUUUUCAUUUUCUUCUUUCAACCGUCAUUUUGUUUCAAUUUCUUCUAAAUUUUCUCUCUAUCAUUCGCACGUCUGUUCUCUUCUCUGUUCGCUCUGUAUCGCCCCAUAUCUAUCUAUCUAUCUAUCUAUCUAUCUAUCUAUCUAUAUAUAUAUAUAUAUGCUGGAUAAUUCAAUUUAUAAUAAACUCCUUCUCCUUUCUUCUUCUUCUUCUUCUUCUUCUUCUUCCGCCUCUUCCUCCUCCUCCUUUAUCCUCCUCCUCCUCCUCUCCUUCUUCUUCUUUUUCUUCCUCCUCCACCUUAUUCUUCUUCUUCUCUUCUUCCUCCUCCUCUUUCUUCUUCUUUCCCCUCUUCUUCCUCCUCCUCCUCCUCCUUCUUUCUUCUUCUUCUUCUUCCUCCUCUUUUUCUUCUUCCUCCUCCUUCUUCCACUUCCUCCUCCUCCUCCUCCUCUUCUUCUUCUUCUUCUUCUUCCUGCGUUUGUCUAUCUAUUUUUGA